UUCCAGAUUGUCAUCAUUGGAUUCUAUAUGAUUUUCCAAAAAAAAUUUCUACAACUACCAACAACAGUUUUUUUUCGUGUGUAUAGAAAGUUGUUGUUGUUCGGUUUCGAUCAAUAUUGGAUCUAUAGAAUAGUAGCCUGUAGAUUGUUGUUGUUGUUUGUUUGGUGUUUGACAAUGUUUUUAUCGAUGACAUUCGUCGAUUCGAUCAUCAUCAUCAAACAAUUUUUGUUUUGAAUGAAAAAUCAUUUCGAAAAAUGACCAAAGCAUAUGAAUUUAAUUGGUGUCGACCGGUACCGAAUGAAUUAUUCGAUGGUAAUACAUUUGAUGUUUGGGAAGAAGUAUUUAUCGGAUCAAAAGAAAAAGGUGAAAUAAUUUACGAACAAGAUGCAUUGGUACGGGUGGAUAAAUUCGGAUUUUUUAUCUAUUGGAAAUCGGAAGGAAAAGAAGGACAAGUAUUAGAAUUGUGUCAAGUGAAUGAUAUUCGUGCCGGUGGUGUUCCAAAGGACAUAAGAUUAUUAGCCGAAUUACAAAAUCGUUAUAAACAUAAUCUUGAAGAAAUUUCAUUAACAAUUUGCAGUGGAACUGAUAUGGUCAACAUAAACUAUACGCACAUUGUUGGUCCUAAUCCCGAAAUAGCCAAAAUUUGGCAAUUAGGAUUACGAUCAAUAACAAAUAAUAAUAAAGCCAAUAAUGUUUGUCCGAUGAUUUGUUUGAAAAAACACUGGAUGAAAUUAGGGUUUUUAAGCGAUGCCAAUGGAGAUAUACCGGUCAAAAGUGUGGCGAAAACUUUUGCAUCAGGAAAAACGGAAAAAUAUGUUUAUCAAUGUAUGAAAGAAGUAAAUUUACCAUUCGAAAAGAAUGAUACAAUUCAUCCGGAUGAUUGGACAUUUGAAAAAUUCUAUCAACUUUAUCAUAAAAUUUGUCCACGUAGUGAUAUUGAAGAAUUAUUUCAUUCAAUAACGCAAGGAAAAUCCAAUUUUAUUGAUGCAAAACAAUUGAUUGAAUUUCUUAACGAGCGACAACGAGAUCCACGAUUGAAUGAAAUACUAUAUCCAUUUUAUGAUGAAAAACGUGCUUUAGAAAUUAUGGCAACAUAUGAAACAAAUCCAGAUUUAAUAAAAAAACGUUUACUUUCACAAGAUGGUUUAAUACGUUAUUUAAUGUCAAAUGAAAAUGCACCGGUAUUUUUGGAUCGUUUGGAUGUUUAUAUGGAUAUGGAUCAAUCAUUAUCACAUUAUUAUUGUAAUUCAAGUCAUAAUACAUAUUUAACUGGUAGACAAUUUGGUGGAAAAUCAUCAGUAGAAAUGUAUCGGCAAGUUUUAUUAACUGGUUGUCGUUGUGUUGAAUUAGAUUGUUGGGAUGGUAAAGGUGAAGAUCAAGAACCAAUUAUUACACAUGGUAAAGCAAUGUGUACAGAUAUUCUAUUUAAAGAUGUUAUUUAUGCUAUACGUGAUUGUGCAUUUGUUACAUCACCAUAUCCAUUAAUAUUAUCAUUUGAAAAUCAUUGCAGCAAAAAACAACAAUAUAAAUUAGCUAAAUAUUGUGAUGAAAUAUUGGGCGAUCUUUUGCUAAGAGAACCAUUAUCGAAUUAUCCAUUAGAACCUAAAACACCAUUACCAAGUCCAAAUGAUUUAAAAUAUAAAAUUGUUAUAAAAAAUAAACGUCUAAAUCCGGAAGAUGAAAAAGUUGAAUUGGAACUUUGGAAAAAAGGACAACUGGCACAGGAUGAAGAUGAAGAAAAUGAAGAUCCAUCAGCAAUUAUAACGGCUGAAGAUAUUGCUUUAGACAAAAAAUUCAUAUCACAAGAAUAUGCUGAACCCGAACAAAUAGCAAUGGCAAAUUAUCGUUAUACCGGUGCAACACAACAUAUUCAUCCAUAUUUAUCAUCAUUAGUUAAUUAUGCACAACCGAUAAAAUUUCAAGGAUUCGAUGUGGCUGAAGAAAGAGAAAUAUGUUUUCAUAUGUCUUCAUUUGCUGAAAAUACUGCAUUAGGUUAUCUUAAAACACAAGCAAUUGAAUUUGUUAAUUAUAAUAAACGACAAUUAAGCCGAAUAUAUCCAAAAGGAACACGAGCGGAUUCAAGUAAUUUUCUACCACAAGUUUUCUGGAAUGCUGGUUGUCAAAUGGUCGCGCUAAAUUUUCAAACACCUGAUUUACCUAUGCAAUUGAAUCAAGGAAAAUUUGAAUAUAAUGGUGGUUGUGGUUAUCUACUUAAACCGGAUUUUAUGCGUAGAAAAGAUCGUAUAUUUGAUCCAUUUGCUGAAUCACCUGUUGAUGGUGUUAUUGCUGCACAAUGUUCAGUACGUGUUAUUAGCGGGCAAUUUUUAUCCGAUAAAAAAGUCGGUACAUAUGUUGAAGUUGAUAUGUAUGGUUUACCAACCGAUACAAUUCGUAAAGAAUUUCGUACAAGAAUGGUUCCGGCUAAUGGUCUUAAUCCUGUUUAUAAUGAAGAAUCAUUUGUAUUUCGUAAAGUUGUUCUGCCGGAUUUAGCUGUACUACGAAUAGCUGUUUAUGAUGAAAAUGGUAAAAUGCUUGGUCAACGAAUUCUACCAUUAGAUGGUUUACAAGCAGGUUAUCGACAUAUUUCAUUACGUACUGAAGGAAAUUUUCCAAUGUCAUUACCAAUGUUGUUUAUUUGUAUUGAGCUUAAAAUCUAUGUACCGGAUGGAUUAGGUGAUCUAAUGGAUGCCCUAUCCGAUCCACGGGCAUUUCUUUCGGCACAAGAAAAACGUAUUGCACAAAUGAAAGCAAUGGGUAUUGAAGAAACUGAUAUACAAAAUUUAGCAUUGAUUAAACAACAACGUGAUGAUGAAAUUCGUCGUGAAGAAUAUAAAAUUGAUAAUAUUACUAUCGAUAUGGUAAAAGAGGAUAAAUUCUAUGUUCGUAUUGUACGAAAACAUAGUAAAGAAAUGGAUCAUUUGAAGAAAAAACAACAAAAAGAACGAACACAAAUACAAAAAAAUCAAUGUUUAGCAAUUGAAAAAUUAAUGAAAACAGUUAAAAAUUCAACGGAUUAUGAUGAACUAAGUAAAGAUCCGACAAUAAUGGAAACAGUUAGACAACAGAUAAAACAAUGGUCUGAAAUGAAUGAUCGUCAUCAUCAUGAAGAAUGGGAAUUAUAUAAAACACAAAUAAUAAAUGAAAGUAAAAUCUUAAAGAAAUUAUUUCAACAAUUACAAAGUUUACAAGUUAAACAUUUAGAAACAUUAUUUGAAAAAGAAAGUAAAGAAAUGAAAGCUAAACAGGCAAAAAUUUCCGUUGAAACAGCUAAAGAAGUUGCUAAUGAUAAAACAUUAAGAAAUAAAGCAGAAAAAGAAAGAAGAUUAAAAGAAAAAAAUAGUAAUAAUACGAAAAAAUUUAUUGAAGAAAGAAAAGCGGCAGCCGUCAGGCAGAAUAAAGAACGUGAAAAAAUUAAAAAAAUUCAUGAAAAACAAUGUCAAGAUUUGGAUAAAGUUAUUGAAAAUAGAUUGGAGAUUUACAAAAAUGAACUUCUUGAAUAUGAUUUGGAAAGCAAAAUUCGAUUUUACGUAUGAAAUGAAUUGAAUGAAAAAUCAACAACUUUUUUAAAUAAAUAAAAUCUUUAAAACGAAAACAACAAAAAUCAAAUUUU